UCUCUGGCACCUUAAGUACGGAUUGGAGGCUGAACCUCUGAGCGAAGGGGAACCAUGGAAAAAAUCCCUACAGUGGGCUUGGGCACCUGGAAGGCCUCUCCAGGAGAAGUGACUGAUGCGGUUAAGGUGGCGAUCAACAUGGGCUACCGGCACUUUGAUUGCGCUUACUUGUACCACAACGAGAGCGAGGUUGGACUGGGAAUCAACGAGAAAAUCAGAGAGGGCGUGGUGACGAGAGACGAGCUGUAUGUCGUCAGUAAGCUGUGGUGUACCAGCCACAAGAAGUCUUUGGUGAAGCCAGCAUGCACCAAUACCCUGGCGGCCUUAAACUUGGAUUACCUGGACCUCUACCUCAUACACUGGCCCAUGGGUUUCAAGCCUGGGGAAAAAGAUAUCCCUUUGGACCGCAGUGGCAAGGUCAUACCCAGUCACACCAGCUUCCUGGACACUUGGGAGGCCAUGGAGGAUCUGGUGAUCGAGGGUCUGGUGAAGAAUAUCGGGGUGUCCAACUUUAACCAUGAACAGCUUGAGAGACUUUUGGAGAAGCCUGGAUUGAGAAUCAGGCCAAUAACUAACCAGAUUGAAUGCCACCCAUAUCUUAAUCAAAAGAACCUGAUUGAUUUUUGCCAUAGAAGAAAUGUGUCUGUGACUGCUUACCGUCCCCUCGGUGGCUCAAGAGAUGGUGUUCACUUGAUGGAUGAUGUAGUCAUUCGGAAGAUUGCUAAGAAGCAUGUAAAGUCUCCUGCUCAGAUUUUGAUCCGAUUUCAGAUUCAAAGGAACUUGAUAGUGAUUCCCAAAUCUGUCACCCCAAGUCGGAUUAGAGAGAAUAUCCAGGUAUUUGAUUUUGAAUUAACUGAAAAAGAUAUGGAAGAACUCCUGAGCCUAGACAAGAACCUCCGCUUGGCCACAUUCCCCACAACUGAAAAUCACAAGGACUACCCUUUCCACAUAGAGUUCUGAAGCCAGCUACACUCUCUGUCAUUUCUGCUCAGUGGAAACAAACAGACCAUCAAGCUCAGCAGCACUGAUCCACCUCUGCAGAGGCUGUGUGGUCCCUGUGUGGCCGCAGCACCAGACACAGACACAGCCAAGAAUGACAACAGAGUCGGGACAAGGAAAAUCCUGCUAGAACAGGACCAGUUAAGAGAAAAAUAAAGAUCUAGCGAUGAUAAAGGGAAGUACCAUGGGGCCAUGGCUGCUUCCAAGUUCUUAGGGCUAGCCAAGCACAAAGAAUAAUGUAAUUUAUGUCAGUCAGUCCUAGUCUUUAUGGCUUCCAUAUUCAGAAGUGAGAUUCGGAUUGCUCACGAAUUAAAAUUACCUUCACAUUCUAAGAAAACCAGCUUGACAGAAGUGUUUGAAUAACAUGUUAGAUUUGAGAAGGUAGUACAGUUAAUAUCCAUGUUGGCUUCAGUAACCCCCAGCCUGAGGCCAGCUAGGUACUCUGCCCUCCCAGUAUUAUGUAGAUGAUUUUAAAGCAAAAUCUUCCUGCACUUAAGAGAAGAAAAGGUUAUCAAGCUGAGGGCCCAGCUGAGACAAAAUGUUUUUUUUUAUUUUUCUUACUUAAAAACUUUUGGCUUUUGGCAUGGGUUGGUGAGGACUGUAUGUGCAUCUUCACAUAUGUAUGCAGUUGAACAUGUGUAUGCAUGCCUGUGGAGGCUCACUUCUAAAAAGAAGAAGGGAUCUCUUUGGGUCCCAGGAAGAGAUUGGCUGUAGAAACUCAUUUGCUUCUGAUGCAAGAACCUCAUGUGAAACUUGUCAGGGCAGUGUGAGUGGGACAGGAGUUGGAUGUCCCCAUAGGCGAUCUACAAAGGCCACUGAAAAUCUAUCACCUGCAUUUCAUUGAGCAGACCCUGACUCCUCCUCACCCCCACUACAGUGAACGUUUAUUGUUUCCAAAUUCAUAACUCCUUAUCAUUAAUUAAUUUUGUGGCCAUACGAAAUUUAGUUAGCUCUUAAACUUUGAAUUUUUCUUAAAAAUGGAAUCAUACACCUAAAGCAGUGGAUGUAAUCAUUAGCAAGUAAAAGCCUCUGUGGGUUGAUGUGAGUAUACCUAGAAGUUACAUAUUGUUGAAUCUCCGAGGAUCUUAUCUAACAUAUCUAAUGACAUAUCUAACCAUAAUAUUUUGCAUAGCUCUGGUUACUUACACAGAAAACACUGCCAAUUUGGAAAGUUUUUCCUAAUCAUAAUUCACAUUGUGUGAAUCAUUACUUCCUACUCUACUGCCGUGCAAAUGAGGAUGGAAUUCCACAAGAUGGAUGGUCCAGAACUUCUUCUUGUCUGUAUUAUGAGAAUAUAAAGUAUCACCGUUCUUCCCUAGCCAGCUGUUGGUUGGAUUAAAGAAAAUGUGGGAGCCCCAGGCCUCCAUGUAAAGACACUGACAAUCUCUUGAGAACAUACUUCCAAACUAACUGUAUUUUAGCAAGCAUACAUAAAUAUUAAAAUCAAGCCACAUCCAUGUCUACCCCAUGAAGAUCUAAAUACCCCCUUCUUUGCUAAGGAAGCUUGUGGUGUCUCAUACCAAAGGCUUGUCAUCCUCUUGCCUUCCAAACCACAGGGAACCUAAAAUUUGAUGGCAAUAUAGAAACAAUGCCUUUCAACUUGAUUUCCAAAAGCAAAUUUGUAAGUCUCUCCUUUCUUUCAUGAGAGCAGAGAUGGGGGCCAUUUUGCUUUGUGGGGUCAGUCUUCAGAACAUACUUCAAAAGGCUAAGUGGACGGUAUCCAUCUUCAAAGCAUCCUCAGACUUCCCAGAAAUCUCUGGCACCCAGCCCUGACCUCAGGUCAGCUGCCAGCAAAUGAACUUGUGACAGCCCCAUGAAGGCAGGGGCAUGACUGUGUCUGUCUGGUCCCCAGCCCUCAUCCUGGCAACCCCAAGCAGGAGGCUGGCAUAAAGUUGGUGUUCAACAGUGUUUUGCUGGGUUGAUGUACAAUGGCCUCUACCAAGGAAGGAGAGAGAGUACAGUAGGGGUGUCCCAAGCUUUGGAGCUAGACAGGCUUGGCCCUUAACCUUCCAGUCACCUUAGCCUCAGACUGUGCUGUUCCUCUUACCUAACAAUGUCACCACAGCACCUCAGACAGCUCUUAGGAAUGUCAGCUAGAAAUAGAAUACAGAGUCUUUAGUCAACAAAGGCAGAAA